AUGGCUCCCUAGCUGCAUACACAUGCUUUCAAUAUCUCCCCAGCAGAGAGCAGGAGAUUGUGUGUAAAUGGAACACCAUGGAUUUGGCAUCUCCUGGAAGAAUGUGUUGGGAAUGUGUGGGAGUGCUGGAGUGUUGUCACAGGACUGAUUCCCAUUGUCUGCUUUCUGUUUGCUGCACUACCACAAGUUUAAAGUCUUAAGCAACAAAUCUACGUGGCCUGUCAGAUUGGAGGAGUGGGUCAAGCACUGUCCUUGGGAUUUCUGCUCUGUUGGGUAGCUGGAGACCUCACAAACUUCACAGGCUGUUAAUUAACAAACCAACUGCUAAGUCAGAUUGUCACUGCCAUUUUUUCUGUUAACAUGGGUAACAUUCUGAUUUCACAGUUUGUCUGCUUUAAGCUCAAGAAUCUGAAGAUGACACAAUGUAAGGGCAGCCACAGCCUGAAGAGUUCCUGGAUCACCUGGGUCCGGUGGGUAGCACUGGGUGGUGUGUUCCUCUGUCAGCUGUUACUGAAAAGCCAAGACCAGAACAGAGGAAUCAAAAGGAGUAAUAACUCCCUCGAUAUGAUGGAAAUGUCAGGCUUCAUUUGUGGCUCUACAUCCUCUGUGUUCUACUUGGGAAGUAGAUUUCCUCAGCUGUAUAAAGAUUUCCAAAGAGGAUGAACAGGAGGCACCUCUUCCCUGCUGUUUGCAUUAGCCAUGAUGGGGAACUGUAUAUAUGGACUCAGCCUUGUUUGCAAGAUACCAGCUACCAAAAAUUACCCAAAUUACCCCGAGGAUGGGCGCCCUUUCCCCAAGGAGCCCUGGGAAGAAGCGCGGAGCCCCGACGGGUCCCGCAGGGAGGAGCGGCCCAACACGGCGGGGAAGAACGGGGCUGGCCGGGAGGUCCCGGCGGUACCAGGGGGUCCCGGUGGUACCAAGGGGCCCCGGCGGUGCCAGGGGGUCCCGGUGGUACCCGGGGCCGGGACACGGCGGGAGCGGGAGCCCAAACAGGGACUUGUGAGGAUGAGGAUGGAGGCGGAGGGGCGGAACUUGACAGAACUUGUAAAGACACAAUUGCUAAAUAACUUCCACGGGUCUAUUGUUUCCUUCAAAAGAAAGCCGAAUCGCAAACCGCCGCCCUUGAGUUUUGUGAAGACGAAACUGAGGACAAACGGAGCUAAAGCGGAUAACAGAAGAUGCGCAGAGGUGAGCGGUGCCUCCUCCUCCUCCCGCAGGGCGCUGUCGGCAUGUCGCGAUAUCUACGGAGCAGAAAGAAACGUGCGAGCUCUACAGAAGGUGUAA